ACAAAAACCGGCCAUUAACGUUUUUCAUCUUACUUAUGGACUACAUAUAAUAAUUCGCUUCUCUACAAAUAUAACAGAAACUUUUUAUAUAUUUUAAUUUGAUACAUUAUCCUACGAAUAAUAUUUUUAUUCAUACGAUUAUAUUUUUUUACAUAUACCGUUCUGCUACAUUAAAUAUUAUAUUAUAUGAUUAUUUUUUAAUAACAUCAAAAUCGUAUGGUUAGCCACAGACUUCGAAUUCAAACCUAACCUUUAAAUGAGUCUUCUUCUUUUAUCUGUUGGUUUUAAAUUUUUAUUUUAGGUUAUAUUUAAAAAAUUCAAAUUUAAAUGUCUCUGUGUGAAGCAGAAAAAACAUUUAUUUUACAUGGAGUUGAAGAGAAUUUUCGAGUGGAUGGUCGGGAACGUGAGGAUUACAGAACUAUGGAAUUAGAAACAGAUAUAGUUGCACAUGCUUUUGGUUCUGCUAGACUUAGACUAGCAGAUACAGAUGUUCUCGUAGCUGUUAAAAUAGAAGUUGAUGUUCCUUUUCCCGAAUCGCCUCACCAGGGAAAGAUUGAAUUUUUUGUUGAUUGUUCAGCAAAUGCAACACCAGAUUUUGAGGGUAGAGGAGGAGAAGAUUUGGCCAUAAACCUCUCAAGUACAUUGAGCUCAGCUUAUUCCUCCCCUUUGGCAUUUGACUUAACAAAGUUGUGUAUCCUACAUGGAAAGAAAUGUUGGAAGUUAUAUGUGGAUAUUUUGAUUCUUGAAUGUGGUGGUAAUUUAUUUGAUGCAGUUUCUCUAGCUGUAAAGGCAGCACUUUGGAAUACACAAGUACCUUUAGUUAAAAAUGUUAAUAUUGACGGUAAUACUGUGGAGAUAAAUGUAUCAGAUGAAUUGUAUAACUGUACUAGAUUGGAUGUGCAAAAAGCUCCUAUAAUGGUAACAGUGUGUAAAAUAGGAGAAAAAUGUAUUGUAGACCCUAAUGCAGCAGAAGAACAAUGCUCAGUCGGUUCUGUAGUAGUAGCAGUAUCUGGGAACAAAUUAAGCACUGUGUAUCAAACUGGUACAGGAUCACUCCACCCAACUACAUUUUUAGAAAGUAUUAAUUUAGGUUUUCGAGUUGCCCAAAGAUUGGAUGAAGCUUUAUGGGAAAGCCUCGAUCAAAUCAAACCUAACCAAGAUGUAGGAUUUCUUAAAUAAUCAAACCAAAUAAAUCAAAUGAUUUUAUUUCUUAAUAAUAAUACUUGUAAUUUGCAUUUGUUAUCUUUUAUAUUGAUAUUGUACUUCAUUAAUAUAAUUUUUUUGUUUGAGUUUGGUGAGUUUAAUGAAAAGUCUAAAUUAAAUUUAUUGUGGAAACUGUUUUCCAUGUGGAUGAAAGAGGGAAAGUAUAGAGAUGUAGAUGUGAUCAUGAAUGAUCUUGAUGAAUACUUUGAUUUUAUCAUCCCGGAUGCGAUAAAAUUUUCAUAGAAGUUAUUUCCAAAACAGAAAUUUUGUGCACUACGUGCAUCUAACCCAUUCAACUGUCCAAAACCCUGAUUUUAGUUACACAUUUCUAAUGAACUCCUACAGCUUUGUUGUUUUUGUGUUUUCUGUGUUUGUUUGUAAUUGAGACAUUCUAAAACUAGAUGAAUCUCCUCCCUACAAAAUCAAAGCUCUUCAGUUUAUGCUAGAUGUAAUAUCAUUGGGUUCAAUUUAAUGAUAGUUAAAAUACUUUUAAACUUGGUUGUAUAAAUGGUGCAAUUCAAAAGACAGUAUUUAGUCAGUGUUAAAAUGUAAACCAUUGUUAACUUUGUCCAACAUCUUCAAUGCCAAAAAAUUAUUCUAUCAGCUACUUACUAAAACUGAUAAUCUAUGUACGGAUGUCGGAAAUGAAAACAAAAUAUCGAUGUAUCGAUAUUUAUUAAAAUAUCAAUAUUAGCAUCGAUGUAUCUGUUAAAUUAAAAAAAAAAUUAAUUUCAAAAUACUUAGGUAUAUAAUUCAGUCUAGCUCAAUAAUAUCAACAGUAAUUUUUGUAAAAAUGUACAUUAUCUCAAUAAACUCGAAGAUAUU